CUCGCGCACAAGAUCUACUGCCACUUCCACACCCGCGCUCUCUGAUCGAGCGAUUCGAUCUCCAUGGUUUCUUUCUAUGAGUUUUGCUUCUGUUGAUUCCAUAGCCACUUUCUCCGAACUCUAAGGAAGACCUAUAUCCAAACCAGACAUUUCAUGAACGCUUGCCUCCGAUGGCUUUCAUGGCGGUCUUGGAAUCAGAUCUCCGUGCCCUCUGCGCCGAAGCUCGCCGGCGAUACCCUGCCGUCAAGGACGGGGCUGAGCACGCUAUAUUGAAGCUUCGUUCACUGUCAAGUCCCAGUGAGAUUGCGCAAAAUGAGGACAUACUGCGAAUCUUUUUGGCGGCUUGUGAGGUCAAAAUUGUCAAGCUGAGCGUUAUUGGACUCUCGUGUUUACAGAAGCUAAUAGCUCAUGAUGCAGUUGCUCUAUCUGCCUUAAAAGAGAUACUAUCAACACUAAAAGAUCAUGCUGAAAUGGCAGAUGAGAUUGUUCAGCUCAAGACACUACAGACUGUGUUAACUAUACUGCAGUCACGUUUACACCCUGAAGAUGAGGAUAAUAUGGCUCAAGCUCUUGACAUCUGUCUUCGGCUUCUUGAAAACAAUCGAUCUUCUGACAGUGUGCGGAGUACUGCUGCAGCUACCUUCAGGCAAGCAGUAGCCCUGAUUUUCGAUCAUGUAGUUCGUGCUGAGUCUCUUCCUUCUGGCAAAUUUGGUUCUGGAGGUUACAUCUCUCGAGCUAGUUCAGUUACUGGUGAUGUUAGUCGCAGCAUCAAUCUUUCAGAGUCAUUGGAGCAUGAAUCAGUUUCUAGAGGGUCAGAAUUGGUGAGAGAAACCCUGACUAGAGCUGGAAAGCUUGGGCUUCGUCUGCUUGAAGACCUAACAGCUCUUGCUGCAUCUGGUUCAGCAAUUUGGCUACGAGUCAAUUCUCUUCCACGCUCCUUUGUACUUGAUAUACUUGAGUUUAUCUUAUCCAGUUAUGUUGCUGUUUUCAUAACUCUUCUUCCCUAUAAGCAGGUUCUGCGUCACCAGAUAUGUUCGCUUUUAAUGACUUCCCUCCGUACUGAUGCUGAGUUCAAUCAGCCGGAGGGAGAAGCAGGAGAGCCUUCUUUUCGCCGCUUGGUUUUGCGGUCAGUUGCUCAUAUUAUCAGGCUUUACAGUUCAUCCCUUAUCACUGAAUGUGAGGUUUUCCUCAGUAUGCUGUUGAAGGUUACUUUUCUUGAUCUUCCAUUAUGGCAUCGCAUUCUUGUUCUUGAAGUCCUGCGGGGUUUUUGUUUGGAGCCGAGGACUUUGCGAAUUCUCUUCCAGAACUUUGAUAUGCAUCUGAAGAAUACCAAUGUUGUUGAGGGCAUUGUUAAAGCUCUUGCUAGAGUUGUUUCAAGUGUGCAGGUUCAAGAGACUAGUGAGGAGAGUCUGACAGCUGUUGCAGGGAUGUUUAGCAGCAAAGCCAAAGGAAUCGAAUGGAGCCUUGAUAAUGACGCAUCCAAUACUGCUGUCUUAGUUGCUAGUGAAGCUCAUGCUAUAACUCUGGCUGUUGAGGGUUUGUUGGGCGUUGUCUUUACAGUUGCUGCAUUGACAGAUGAAGCAGUGGAUGUUGGUGAGCUUGAAUCUCCUAGGUGUGAUUAUGAUCUGCCUAAUAAUUGCUCUGGGAAAACUGCACUGCUUUGCCUUGCCAUGGUUGAUUCAUUAUGGUUGACCAUUCUAGAUGCACUAUCCCUUAUUUUGUCAAGGUCACAAGGAGAAGCUAUUGUGUUGGAAAUACUAAAGGGAUAUCAGGCAUUCACACAGGCAUGUGGUGUUCUUCAUGCUGUAGAACCUCUUAACUCUUUUUUAGCAUCCCUUUGCAAGUUUACAAUAAAUUUUCCCAUUGAAGCAGAGAAGAAGAGCAGUGCCUUACAGUCUCCUGGAUCUAAACGUUCUGAAUCCUCAGUUGAUCAAUGGGACAGCGUUGUCCUGACCCCCAAAAAUGUGCAGGCUUUAAGAACUCUCUUCAACAUUGCUCAUCGCUUGCAUAAUGUGUUGGGCCCAUCGUGGGUUUUGGUCUUGGAAACCCUAGCAGCUCUAGACCGAGCAAUCCAUUCACCACAUGCCACCACACAGGAGGUCUCACCAGGUGCCAAAAAGCUUAUGAGGGAAUCAUCCGGUCAAUACAGUGAUUUUAGUAUUCUUUCUUCGUUGAAUUCUCAGCUGUUUGAAAGCUCAGCACUGAUGCAUAUAUCUGCUGUGAAGUCCCUUCUUUCUGCAUUACGUCAGCUGUCUGAGCAAUGUGUAUCUGCAACUUCAAUUGUUUCUGGACCAACAUCGAGUCAAAAACUUGGAAGCAUCACUUUUUCAGUGGAAAGAAUGAUAUCAAUCCUUGUUAAUAAUCUUCAUAGAGUGGAGCCACUAUGGGAUCUAGUUGUAGGCCACUUUCUCGAGCUUGCGGACAAACCUAACCAGCAUUUACGAAAUAUGGCACUUGAUGCAUUAGAUAAAUCCAUAUGUGCUGUUUUAGGGUCAGAUCACUUGCAGGAAUCUUUAUCAACUAGACCCAAAGGGACAUCACAGACAAUGGAAACUAUGCUUACAGAAAUAACGUCACUUGAAUGUGCUGCCAUAUCUCCGCUGAGGGUUCUUUAUUUCUCUAGUCAGAGUGUGGAAGUGCGUGCUGGAUCUUUAAAGAUUCUUCUGCAUGUUUUAGAGAGGCAUGGAGAGAAGUUACAGUACAGUUGGUCAAACAUUCUUGAAAUGUUAAGGUCUGUAGCAGAUGCUUCAGAGAAGGAACUUGUCACUUUAGGUUUCCAGAGCCUACGUGUGAUCAUGAAUGAUGGGCUUUCCAAUAUACCUGCAGACUGUCUACAAGUAUGUGUUGAUGUGACUGGAGCUUACAGCGCUCAGAAGACAGAGCUUAACAUAAGCCUGACGGCAAUAGGCCUUUUGUGGACUACAACUGACUUUAUUGCAAAGGGGAUUAUUCAUGGAUCUGCAGAGGAAAAGGAAACAGACGGGCAUUCCAUUCCAAAGCAAAUAGAUGGUCAAAAGCCAGAAGAACAAACACCCAGUGUUGUGGACCAAGCUUCCUCGAUAGAUACAGUUCAUUGUGACAAGUUGCUUUUCGCUGUUUUCUCGUUACUUCAAAACCUUGGAGCUGAUGAAAGGCCAGAGGUUAGGAAUUCAGCAGUGAGAACGCUUUUUCAGACUCUUGGUAGUCAUGGACAGAAACUUUCUGAAAGUAUGUGGGAGGAUUGCCUUCGGACAUAUGUUUUCCCUACUUUGGACCGCGCUUCUCACAUGGCCGCAGCCUCAUCAAAAGAUGAAUGGCAAGGGAAAGAACUUGGAACUCGUGGAGGGAAAGCAGUCCACAUGCUCAUUCAUCAUAGUCGUAACACAGCUCAAAAACAGUGGGAUGAAACACUUGUACUUAUACUUGGUGGAAUAGCUCGUAUUCUACGCUCUUUCUUUCCUUUCCUCAGAAGCUUAAGCAGUUUCAAAUCAGGGUGGGAAUCUUUGCUUCUAUUUGUGGAAAAUAGCAUUCUAAAAGGUAGUAAAGAGGUUGCUCUUGCGGCAAUAAACUGUUUGCAAAUAACUGUCGUUUCUCAUGCUUCCAAGGGAAACUUACCACUGGCAUGCCUUACAUCAGUACUUAACGUUUACAAGCAUGCUCUUCAGAAGUCAACAAACUAUGGUGGCAAUGCAGCUAGCAACAAGGUGAAGCAGGAGAUUUUACACGGUCUUGGGGAACUAUAUGUUCAAGCUCGAAGGAUGUUUGACGAUCAUUUAUAUACGCAAUUGCUUGGGGUCAUAGAUCUGGCUGUCAAGCAAACCGUUAUAAACAAUGAUAACUUCGAAACCGAGUUUGGGCAUAUGCCACCUGUAUUACGUACGGUACUGGAGAUAAUGCCUCUGCUAGUUCCAACUGAGCAUCUGUCUUCAAUGUGGCUAAUUCUUUUUCGGGAUAUUCUGCAAUAUCUACCAAAAUUGGACUCCUCCUUACUAGAGGAGGGAGAUGAGGCAGGGCCAACCAGCACUGUCGACCAAAAUCCAGAUGCUAACUUGGGGCCCUAUGAAAGAUCUAAUGGGACUUCUUCCAUACCCCUGAAAAAGAAAGAGGCUAAAUCUCCAAGUUCACGAUCAAGUACAGUUGCUACAGCAGCCCUCCCCAGUUAUUUGUUUGCCGAAAAGCUUGUUCCUGUGCUGGUUGAUCUUUUUUUGAAGGCACCAUCAAUUGGGAAGUAUAUCAUAUAUCCUGAAAUUAUUCAAAGUCUAGGAAGGUCUAUGACUACUAGAAGAGAUUAUCCUGAUGGUGCACUUUGGAGAUUAGCUGUUGAAGGCUUCAAUCGUAUUCUUGUCGACGAUGUCUGCAGAUUGGCUGUGGAUGGUGGAUUUGAUUCUAAUACUACUAAGACUGCAAGAUCACGUAUAUGGAAGGAAGUUGCCGACUUGUAUGAGAUAUUCCUUGUAGGUUACUGUGGGCGACCUCUUCCUUCUGAUUCUCUCUCUACUGUUGUAGGAAAGGCUGAUGAGUCCCUUGAGAUGACCACUUUGGACAUCCUUGGUGACAAGAUUCUCAAGUCGCCAGUUGAUGCACCUUAUGAUAUUUUGCAAAUACUAGUUUCCACCUUGGACCGUUGUGCAUCACGUACCUGUUCUUUACCUGUUGAGACAGUGGAACUUAUGCCUUUACACUGUAGCAGAUUCUCCUUGAGAUGCUUGCAGAAGUUAUUUUCUCUGAGCAGUUACGAGGAGAAAACUGACAAUUGGAGUUUGGAAAGAUCUGAAGUCAGCAAAAUCUCGAUUAUGGUCCUCAUGACCAGAUGUGAAUACAUUUUGAAGAGAUUCCUAAUUGAUGAGAAUGACCUAGGUGAGCGGCCACUACCAACAGCAAGGCUAGAGGAAAUUAUGUACGUCCUACAGGCACUAGCCAGUAUGAUAAUUCAUUCAGACACCGUUUCUGUUCUUCCCUUGCAUCCACAUUUGAAAACUGGCCUGGCUGAGGAAAAGAACAAUAGGCGUCCACACCUGCUUGUUCUGUUUUCAUCCUUUUGCGAGCUCGUUGUUUCAAGAGAAGCAAGAGUAAGAGAAUCCGUACAAGUGCUGCUUAAACUCGUUACCAAAGAAUUAGCUCUCGAAACUUCAUUAACCAGUCAACCUAUUUGAGAUUUACUUCACACUUUUCGAUGGCAGCCGACCUUAAAUUGUUCCCAUGGAUGUUUUAUUGUAGAAGAGUGCUGGUGGAAUUUUCCUCAUCCUCCAGUUUACAAGGACGGCAUAUAGUUUGUACAUUUUAUAGGAAUACCCGUCAGUUUUGUUGUAUUUUAUACAGACACCUCAGGUUAAUAAUCUUUUGUUGCGUCAUUUGAAUUUUUUUUUUUUGGGGUGCAAAUCUUGUAUCUUAUUCUAUUGAUUUAAAAUACAUUAUCUAUUGUUAAUGCAUGUCACAUUUCUU